AUUGAGUGAUCGGGAUGUGCAAAUGUUCUUCUAUGAGUCAGUCGAAAAUUCAUUUGAAGAUGAGAUCUGCGAUGAAGAGGAAAUGAAACCUCGACUCACAGAAGAGCAUUUCGAACAGAUUGUCACAAAAUUAGUGAUAGGCCCUAAGAGUGCAGUCAAUCGCUCGGAACUGACUGCCCCUGUGAUGAGAAUGCACUUGGAGCAAACAAAACUUGAAAUCUUCGAGCACAUGGACAGAUUAGAAAAGAAAGUUGAGCUUUUGAGCAGUGAAUCGCCGAAUGCUGAGGCCGUUCAAAUUUUCCGUAGGCGAAGCAAGACAUCGAAAUCUUACGCCCCCGGAGUGCUUACGAGGGCAACGUAUGGCUCAAGAAAAGCCGAAGAUCUUCUAAGCACAGAGACACAUCGGGAGGUCUCAAUGACGAAAGACGCGGAUAGUAUUGGGCUCAAGUCAGAAAUUUCGAUCCCAGGAUUGAUUCAGGCGUUCGAGUCUUGAGCACUGAAUAUUCAACAUUGUAUACUAGCUAUGAAGGUUAAUCAUUUUAUAGAAGUUAAUGAGACUAUGAAGUAAAAUGUCAGGCUUG